AUGGGGGAGAAACCCUUUUCAGAUUUCCAACUUCCUCCUGGUUUCAGGUUCCAUCCCUCCGACGAAGAGCUCAUUGUUCAUUACUUGCAAAACAAAGUGAAUUCAUGUCCAAUUCCAGCCUUUGUAAUAGCUGAAGUUGAUCUCUAUAAGUAUAAUCCAUGGGAGCUACCCUGCAAAGCGUUGCUCGGAGAAGAUGAGUGGUACUUCUUUACUCCAAGGGAUCGGAAGUACCCGAACGGAGAGAGGCCGAACAGAGUUGCAGCUUCGGGUUACUGGAAGGCCACCGGAAGUGACAAGCCGAUUCUAACCUCUUGUGGAUCAAGGCGCAUAGGAGUAAAGAAGGCUCUAGCCUUUUAUACUGGUCCUUCAAAAAGAGUUAAGACAGACUGGAUCAUGACUGAAUAUAGACUGCCCCACCUGAGUAAACCUUCAAGGUCGAAAGGGUCAAUGCGAUUGGAUGACUGGGUACUAUGCCGGGUUAGACACAAAGGCAACAUGUCAAAGGACGCAGGUGAGGAUCAAGACAGUUGUAGCUUGGAACUGCAGGAGUGCUUACCAAAGAUUGAGCAGGUGCAGCCAACACCCACAAAAUAUGAUGCGGAUAUGAUCACGGAUUACCUAAACAAAGACUGCGGAGUGUUGGCUUGGAUUCUGCCAACCAUUCAGACCAUUUCAAGUGUAAGCUCUGAAGGGCACAGCAAAAGCAAUGAUUUUAUCCCCGUCCAUGGAAGUGGAACCAAUAAGGUGAAUUCAACAACAACAGUUUCUUCUAUGGACAGCUAUAUCAACCACCGGAAAAGGAAAUCUAGCGAGGAAAAUGAGUAUGAGUAUUUUAGAUCCAACGAAAAGCUAAAGGGCAAGAAUGAAAAGAAGAAUCCUCAACCUGGCAAAACACUGGCCAACUAUGAUAUUAACUUCUACAGCCAAAACCAGUAUCAAUAUGGCAUCUUCAACCCUGAGCCCUCAGAAUCUAUCAUCACUUUUCAGGGCCAUAUUGAAUCACCUUUCAUGGGUAAGUAA